AUGUCGGAAUCAUCGCCUAUUCUCGAUCGAAAAUUGGAAAUGGAAAUCCAGCUGCUAUCAGAGAAAGCUACGCUUCCAACUCAAGGGUCUGCUUAUGCCGCGGGGAUGGACCUUUACAGCGCCGAAGAUAAAACGAUUCCUGCGCGAGGCAGAGCGCUUAUCGACCUCCGACUGUCCAUCGCUGUCCCUGCUGAACACUAUGGACGGAUCGCGCCCAGAAGCGGACUGGCGUCGAAACACGGUAUUCAGACUGGUGCGGGCGUUAUAGACUCUGAUUAUCGAGGCCCCGUGAUGGUCCUUCUUUUCAACCACUCAGACGUGGAAUUCGAAGUUAAACAUGGUGAUCGUAUUGCGCAACUGAUUCUAGAACGCAUUUCUCUUCCUGCGCUUCGCCAAGUCGAUACUCUCCCCACGACUGUGCGAGGUGCUGGCGGUUUUGGGUCGACGGGCGGUUUCGGUACUGCCGCCAAGAAACACAAGUUGGAUCACGAGGCCGAACCCAUAUCCUAG